AUGGUUGACGGUGAAACCAAUAAGGGUACUAUAGACACCGUACAGGUGGCAUUAAGGAUAAGGCCUUUGAUGAGAACAGAAAUAGAGCGAGGGUGUGACGAAUGUAUUGACGUGGUAUCUGGAGAGCAACAGGUGCAAAUAAAAGACCUGGCCUUUACAUACAAUUAUGUUUUUCCUCAACAUAUCAACCAGCAGGAGUUUUAUGACACAGCAGUUAAAGGACUUAUCUCGAAACUAUUUCAAGGAUAUAAUGUUACAAUACUUGCGUAUGGCCAAACUGGGUCGGGUAAAACCUAUACUAUGGGAACAAAUUAUUCUGGAUCGGACGGUGACUCAACUAAACUAGGUGUAAUUCCCCAAGCUGUAGCUGAUAUAUUUGACUUCAUCGAGACCCAUGAAGACAAGUUUAUAUUCAAAGUAUCCGUUUCCUUCAUGGAGUUGUAUCAAGAACAAUGUUACGAUCUGCUCUCCGGCAAGGAGAGAGGUCAUAGUAUUAUAGAAAUUAGGGAAGAUAUCAACAAAGGUGUUAUUUUACCUGGUAUAACUGAGCUGCCCGUUGCAUCAACUCGUGAAACUAUGACAGUGUUGGAGAGAGGAUCAUCUGGCCGAGUGACUGGUUCAACAGCAAUGAACCAAGCAUCUAGUCGAAGUCAUGCAGUAUUCACAAUCAUCAUUGCUAAAGAAAGCAGAAGUGAUAAAAAUAUCGCAACAACAUCAAAGUUCCAUCUUGUAGAUCUGGCUGGUUCAGAACGUAUCAAGAAGACUAAGGCUAGCGGCGAACGUCUCAAAGAAGGUGUGAAAAUCAACCAAGGUCUUCUAGCUCUAGGGAACGUUAUAUCAGCUCUUGGCGAUGGAACAAAUAGAAGCUUCAUCAGCUACAGAGACAGCAAACUCACGAGAUUAUUACAAGACAGUCUGGGCGGUAAUUCAUUGACACUGAUGGUGGCGUGCGUGAGUCCAGCUGACUACAACCUGGAUGAGACCGUAUCUACGUUACGUUACGCGGACAGAGCGAGACGUAUACGGAAUAAGCCUGUUAUUAACCAAGAUGCUAAGGCUGCUGAGAUUGUAAGGUUGAACAAUUUGGUUAACGAGCUGAGACUACAACUGCUCGGGAAACUACCGACUAUAAGCGAACAGAACAACGAACAAUUACAAGAAGAAUUAGACAAAGAGAGAGCUAAAUACUCCGAGUUACUCAAGAAACAUAAACAAGUGACCGAACACUUGAACAAUAUGUUAAUAGAAAACACGAAUCUAUGCGAAAAGGCGUUACUAGCUGAGGCCGCGAAGGAUAAAAUUGAACGUAAAUUAAACGAAAUGACGGAACACUGCAAUCAGACUAUAGAAAAUCUAAACGUAACAGAUAACUCACAAGAUGAUGCUCAGAAAUCAACAGUAGUGGAUUACUUGAAGGAGAUUAAAACUAGGUUAGAAGACUUACAGUCAGUUAACUUGAAGACUAAUGAAGAGUUGAUAGAUCACGAGAUUAAGCUGUCGUUUGUUAAAGAAGAUAUUGACGGAGAAAAAAUCGAUGAGGAUGUAGUUAUGAAUGAGGAUCAGGCUGUGAUUGAGGAAGAAAAACGUGCUAUGGGACAGGUUGCACUCAAUCAAGAAUUACAAGAGCUUAAUCGCGCUAUGGCGAUCAAGGCAUCCGUGGUUCAAGCUAUACUGGCUAACAACAAGGAAAUAUUGGAUAGUCACAACAAUUUGAAAGAAAACGAAGAAAGAAUAUCGCAAUUAGAAAAACAAAGAGAUGAACUCAUGCAGCAAUUAAAACAAUCUAAGAGCAAAGAUCCGUCAAUGGAAGAACGUCGUACGAAAGUUUCUACCCUGGAACAAGAGAUAUCCGAUUUGAAGAAGAAGUGUCAACAACAAGCGAACAUUAUAAAGAUGAAGGAAAAGAAUGAGGCUAAGAUCGCGGCGCUGAACGCUGAACUACAAGCUAUGAAAGCUACUAAGGUUAAAAUAAUCCGUCAAAUGCGUGAAGAGAGUGAGAAAUUCCGUAAGUGGAAGGCUGACAACGAGCGAGCUAUGCUGCGGUUAAGAAACGAAGAUCGGAAGAGGGCUACGGCCAUGGCCAAGAUGGAGUCACUACACGCGAAGCAACAGAACGUACUCAAGAGGAAAAUGGAGGAAGCUGUGGCUGUAAAUAGGAGGCUCAAGGAAGCUCUGGAUCGUCAGAAGCAUACAGCCAUGAAGCGGAAUGCUAAAGGCAGCGUGAAGGCUGGUGCGUUACAACAAUAUAUAGAACAAGAAUUGGAAGUGCAUCUCAGUAUAGUGGAGGCUGAGAGAUCACUUGAAGAACUCAUGGAAUACAGGGCUUGGAUAACGGAACAGAUUGAGAAUCUCCGUAACAGUACGGACGAUGAAGCUAAUAGAAAGAAAAUUACGGAACUUGAGGACGACCUCGCGUUACGGAAGGCACAGAUAUCAGACCUACAACAGAAGAUACUCACAGCUGAUCAGGAAAAUAAAUCACGUACACAAUGGGACAACAUACAAUCUAUGCUUGAAGCGAAGGUAGCGCUGAAAUGUCUGUUUGAACUACUCGUGGACGCUAAGAGGGAACUACAGAAUCAGAGUGAGAAGGGCUAUCAGGCGAGAUACGAAGAGAUCAAAGAAUCAUACGACAGACUGGCUGUGGAGUUUGAAACUACUAAGACUGAGUUUGAACGGCAACUGGCUUCUGUGAAGUUACAGAACGAACAGAAGCUAAGUGCAUUAGUGGCGCUGCAGCGCGGCGUCGUCGGUCGCGGGGAGCGGAGUGAGGCCUGCCGGCACCUGCAGAAUGUUAUACAGUAUCAACAGGAUCGCUUGGAACAAAUGGAACAGGAGAAUAAAAAAUUGGCUGAUGAAUUAGAAGAGCUAAGAAACGCUAGUAAAAAGGCAAAGAAACGCAGCAAGAAAGAUAGCUCGAUGGAAACUGUUAAAAAGGUGGAAUAUGUGGAGCCGACUGAUGAAGAAGAUGACGAAGUCGAGGACCCUGACAAAGAUCCUGACUGGAGGGCGACGCCUCUGUUCAAGAGAAUACAGGCGCAGCGUUCUCGUCUCACAAUGAAUUUCACUAUGGACGAGAACAGAGCCAUCAAGCGUUCAAACGACGGCGCUACUCACUGCACUUGCCGCGGCAGCUGCUCCACUAAGAUGUGCGGAUGUGUUAAAUCCCAACGCGGAUGCGGAACCGGAUGUAGGUGUCAGGCGGAACUGUGCAAGAAUAGGAGGGUGUCCUCCGACAGCGAGGAUAAGGAGAAUAAUCCGUCCAGUACAGACUACUCAUUAGAAACAACACCGCCCUCUUCAUACUUUGACAAACGAUUCGAAUCAUCGGAAGAGUUGAAUAAAAUGAAUUCCGAAGACAAAUCAGUAUCGAGUCCGAAGGAGUUAACACGAGUGCGUCCCCAGUCUGAGAGAAGGCACAAUGAGAAGUACAUGUUCUAUAAAAACAUAUCAGGAAUAUGGCAUAUAUUUAAAAGAAGGGACUCGCUAGAUCACCUUGACGCUACUUAUAUUAAAAAAAAGAAAAGUUAUUUUUUCCCACAAGACGCUACCAACGGUGAGGUUAAAAAGAAAAUAACUGAAGAGUGA